AUGAAGUACAACCCCCGCGUCACCUCCUCCCGCAGGAAGAACAGGAAGGCUCAUUUCACGGCCUCGUCAAGCGAGAGGCGUGUCAUCAUGAGCUCGCCGCUCUCCACCGACCUCCGCCAGAAGUACAACGUCAGAUCCAUGCCGAUCCGCAAGGACGACGAGGUCCAGAUCGUUCGCGGUACCUACAAGGGGCGUGAAGGCAAGGUCGUCCAGGUCUACCGGCGCAAGUGGGUGAUUCACAUCGAGAGGAUCACGAGGGAGAAGGUGAACGGAACCACCGUCAACGUCGGAGUCCAGCCGUCGAAAGUGGUGAUUACGAAGCUCCGUCUCGACAAGGACAGGAAAUCGCUCCUGGAGAGGAAGGCCAACGGUCGCGCCAACGCUGAUAAGGAGAAGGGUACCAAGUUCACAUCUGAGGAUGUGAUGCAGAACGUUGAUUAA